AUGGGUGACGCAGAGAAAAAGCGCCUGAUUGAACUGAACAUGACAAGGGAAUCCUUGUGUAUGGUGGAAGGAAAAAGUGACUCAACCUGGCUCAGACCUCAGAGGAGACACUUCCCUCAAAGUAAUCGAAGUUCACUAGAGACCUACAGAGAAAAAGAGCCUGAGCUUGACACUGGCAGGAGCUCCUGGACAGCACUCACUCCUCUUCACCACAAGGAGAGGAGGCACUUUCCAGAAAGAAAUAAUGCCAUUUUUGGAUGA